ACCAGGCCUUACUCGGUGCCCUGGGAGACUGACCAGCGGAGGCAUGGCUGGAACCCCCGCGCCGGGCAGCAGGAGGCGGAGCGGGCUUCCGGCGCCUAGCUCUGGCCCGCCGCCCAGCACCGGGCACCCUCCGAGCAAGCGAGCCCGAGGCUUCCCCGCAGCCGCUGCCCCGGACCCCGAAGACCCGUUCGGCGCGCACGGGGAUUUCACCGCUGACGACCUGGAGGAACUCGACACCCUCGCGUCGCAGGCCUUGAGCCAGUGCCCGGCCGCUCCUCGGGACGUGUCCAAUGUUCAUAAGGUCCCCAGAUUAGAUGGGAUGUCAAAAACUCCUGCAGGGAAAAACAGAGAAUAUGUUCCUGUUAAAGAGAAUUUUGAAUUAGAGGUACUUCAGGCACAAUACAAAGAACUUAAAGAAAAGAUGAAAGCAAUGGAAGAAGAAGUUCUCAUUAAAAAUGGAGAAAUAAAAAUUUUGCGGGACUCAUUGCAUCAGACAGAAUCCAUUCUAGAGGAACAGAGAAGAUCACAUUUCCUCCUUGAACAAGAGAAAACUCAAGUGCUCAGUGACAAAGAAAAGGAAUUUUCAAAAAAGCUCCAAUCAUUGCAGUCCGAACUCCAAUUUAAAGAUGCUGAGAUGAAUGAAUUAAGGACAAAGCUUCAAAGCAGUGAACGAGCAAAUAAAUUGGCUGCUCCCUCCAUUCUCCAUGCCAGUCCUAGGAAAAGCCCUUCUGUGGCUAUAAAGCCAGAAGCAUGUUCUCCACAAUUCGGAAAACCAUCUUUCCCUACAAAGGAGUCUUUUAGUGCUAACAUGUCCCUUCCCCACCCCUUCCAGACAGAGCCAGGAUAUAAGUCCCUGGUGGGCAGAGAGGUUGUAGAGAAUAAGAGCCACAAUCUGGGAGGUGACCCCAUUAAGCAAGAAGAGUCGCAGAAAAGACUUGACAGCUGGAUGCAGAGAUCAAACGCUCAAGGUUCCAUUUUGAUAAACCUUCUCCUGAAGCAGCCUUUGAUCCCAGGGUCAUCCCUAGGUCUGUGCCACCUCCUGAGCAGUUGUUCUGAGGCUCCUACCAGCACCCUACUACAGCCACUGGGGUAUGGCAGUACCUUGACUGGGAUUUCAAGCCUGAGGACCACAGGUUCUCGCGAUGGGUCAUUUCCCCACUUGGCCCUGAGAGAAGCACAGAACCUGGCACUUACUGGAUUGAAUCUGGUUGCCAGGGAUGAAGGCUCAUGUGAUGGAGACCAAGCAGAGGGAGGCAGAAGGGCCUUCCCACUCUGCCAGCUUCCUGGGGCCGUGCAUCUCCUCCCCCUGGUACAGUUCUUUAUCGGCUUACACUGCCAGGCUCUGCACGAUCUGGCAGCAGUCAAGAGAAGUGGAGCGCCUGCGGACUCACCGACAAGUUCCUCCUACGUGAGCUCUGGGGGAGAGGCCAGCCUUGAGGACUUACUUUGCAACCUGGAAGGCUUCUCUGUGGCUUCACUUAGUGUUCUUCAGCACCUGGUGUGCCACAGCGGAGCGGUCGUCCACCUAUUACUAUCAGAUGCAGGGGUGGAUUCUGCCGCUGGGGAAGGAAACCAGAGUCUGGUUCACAGACAAGAUCAUGGGGAUGUGUCCUCAGUCCCAAGGGGGCUUACUGAUGACCAAGGCCAGCAUCCACUACUGAAGAUGCUUCUUCACCUGUUGACUUUCUCUUCUGCAGCAACAGGUCACCUUCAAACCAGUGUCCUGAGCCAGUGUCUUAAGAUUUUGGUGAAAUUAGCUGAAAAUGCUUCCUUUGAUUUCCUGCCCAGGUUCCAGUGUGUGUUCCGGGUACUGCCGCAGUGCCUCAGACCCGAGAGCCCCCUGCCCAGCGUGCUACUGACUGUUGAGCUCCUUUCCCUCCUGGUGGACCACGAGAAGCUCGCGCCUCAGCUCUGCUCCCCCUCAGAAGGCUGCCUCCUCCUGCUGCUGUACAUGUACAUCACGUCAAGGCCUGAUAAAGUGGCCUCGGAGACACAGUGGCUUCAACUAGAGCAAGAGGCCGUGUGGCUCCUGGCUAAGCUUGGUGUGCAGAGCCCUGCCUCCCCAGUCACUGGCUCUGUCUGCCAGUGCAACGUGGAGGUGGUCAGAGCACUCACAGUGAUGCUGCACAGACAGUGGCUGACAGUGCGGAGGGCGGGGGAGCCCCCGAGGACUGAGCAGCAGAAGCGGACUGUGAGGUGUCUGCGGGACACGGUGUUGCUGCUGCACAGCCUCUCCCAGAAGGAUAAGCUCUUCACUGUGCACUGUGUGGAGGUCCUACAUCAGUAUGACCAGGUGAUGCCAGGGGUCAGCAUGCUGAUUCGAGGGCUUCCUGAUGUGACAGACUGUGAAGAGGCAGCCCUGGAUGACCUGUGUGCCACUGAAACGGAUGCGGACGACCCUGAGAUGGACUGUAGCUGAGGCCAGUGAGCAUGGAGCCACAUAGUGGCACCAGAACCACUACUUUCCUCACCGCAGCAACUGAUUAAAAGCAGUGACAGGCUGUUUGAGAA